AUGUAUAUUUCCCUUAAACUUUUACAGAUAAGGGUGAAGAGCUUUGUAUUAGCUCAUUAUAUUUCUGUGUUCUACGAUGCUAUAAAAAGCCCGAUUUCUAUCCCGAUACGAAAUACAAAUUUUGACUACACUGAAUAUAACUCCGAUAACAAAUCUGAUGGAGAUAAUGAAGAAAAAUGUUCCCAUAUUACAGCUGUUGAUAAGUACUGUGUGGUAUGUGUUUUUAAUUUUUUAGUGAAGUAUAAUUUAUACAGCAACGCUUAUCCUGGNUAGAUAAAAUAAUAUUUAAGGAGCACCGUAUCACAAGACUUUUUGGAAAGUUUUAUGCCCAUGUCUAUUGAGAAAGAAUUAUUGAACAUAAUUGACUUAAUAAAAGUGCUCAAAUUUAAUAUUGGUGGCCGUAUCAAUCACACAAUGUUUUGGAAGAGUCUAACACCUCAUCCUACCAAACCAACCGUCUUGUAA